AUGCUGCGAGUGCGGUGCCUGCGCGGGGGCAGCCGGGGGGCUGAGGCAGCGCAUUACAUCGGCUCGAGGCUUCGAAGAGUCUUUACAGGAUGGGUGCAGCGAACUUUCCAGAGCACCCAGGCAGCUGCGGCCUCCCAGAACACCUGUGCCGCUGAUGACAAGGCUACAAGCCCUGUGCCCAAGGACUGUCUUGUUUGCUCGUACAAUGAAUGGGAUCCACUGGAAGAGGUCAUUGUGGGAAGAGCUGAAAAUGCUUGUGUACCACCUUUUUCUGUGGAGGUUAAGGCAAACACAUAUGAAAAAUAUUGGGGAUUUUACCAGAAAUUUGGAGGCCAUAGUUUCCCCAGAGACCAUUUAAAAAAAGCUAUUGCUGAAAUUGAAGAGAUGUGCAAUAUUUUGAAGGGAGAAGGUGUUAUUGUCAAGAGGCCUGAUCCAGUUGACUGGUCUGUGAAGUAUAAAACACCUGACUUUGAGUCUACAGGUAUGUAUGCUGCCAUGCCAAGAGACAUCCUCUUAGUGGUGGGAAAUGAAAUUAUUGAAGCACCAAUGGCUUGGCGUGCUCGGUUCUUUGAGUACAGGGCCUAUAGACGACUAAUCAAAGAUUAUUUCAACAGUGGUGCUAAGUGGACAACUGCCCCAAAACCCACAAUGGCAGAUGAACUCUAUGAUCAGAAUUAUCCAAUCCACUCUGUUGAAGACAGGCAUAAACUGGCUGCUCAGGGAAAAUUUGUAACUACUGAAUUUGAGCCAUGCUUUGAUGCUGCUGACUUCAUUAGAGCUGGAAGAGAUAUCUUUGUACAAAGGAGCCAGGUUACAAACUACAUGGGUAUUGAAUGGAUGAGAAGACACCUUGCACCAGACUAUAGAGUGCAUAUAAUAUCCUUUAAGGAUCCCAACCCUAUGCACAUUGAUGCCACUUUUAAUAUCAUUGGGCCUGGUCUUGUGCUCUCUAACCCAGACCGUCCCUGCCAUCAGAUUGAGCUCUUCAAGAAAGCUGGCUGGACUGUGAUUCAACCCCCAGUGCCACUCAUCCCAGAUGAUCACCCACUGUGGAUGUCUUCUAAGUGGCUCUCCAUGAAUGUCCUGAUGCUGGAUGAGAAACGUGUGAUGGUGGAUGCCAAUGAGACAUCGAUUCAGAAGAUGUUUGAAAAGCUGGGCAUUUCCACAAUUAAAGUGAACAUUCGCCACGCCAAUUCUCUGGGAGGUGGCUUCCACUGCUGGACGUGUGACAUCCGCCGCCGUGGCACCCUGCAGUCCUACUUGGACUAG